UCCGCGCGGCAUUAGCGGCCGCGGCGGCGCGACUGGAGGGUGGGAGGAGGCGCAGCGGCUGGCGGGCGGGGGCGCUGGGACGCGGCUGGGGCUCCCGCCCGAGGUUCCUGCUGAGCGCUUGGGACCGCGAACCCCCGCGCGAGGAACUAGCGAGCACCGGAGCCAACGAGUGCUGAGUGGGCAGCGGGUGGAGCGGAGCCGCCGGGCGGAGCGGGCUCAGAGCCCGGGUCUCCGCGGCUCGGCUCGGGACCCGGCGGCGGGGACGGCGAUGUUCCACUGCAUCCCCCUGUGGCGGUGCAACCGUCAUGUGGAGACCAUCGACAAGCGCCACUGCUCGCUGGUCUACGUCCCCGAGGAGAUCUACCGCUACGCCCGCAGCCUGGAGGAGCUGCUGCUGGACGCCAACCAGCUCCGCGAGCUGCCCGAGCAAUUUUUCCAGCUAGUCAAAUUACGAAAGCUUGGACUUAGUGAUAAUGAAAUUCAGCGGCUCCCUCCAGAAAUAGCGAACUUCAUGCAGCUGGUGGAACUUGAUGUGUCUCGAAAUGAUAUUCCUGAAAUUCCAGAAAGCAUCUCAUUCUGUAAAGCACUACAGAUAGCUGACUUCAGCGGAAACCCACUGACUAGAUUGCCGGAAAGCUUUCCUGAAUUACAGAAUUUGACGUGUCUUUCCGUAAAUGACAUCUCACUGCAGUCCCUGCCUGAAAAUAUUGGCAAUCUUUAUAACCUGGCUUCCCUGGAACUGAGAGAGAAUCUUCUUACAUAUCUUCCUGACUCUCUUACCCAGCUGCGGAGACUAGAAGAACUUGAUUUAGGAAACAAUGAGAUAUAUAAUUUGCCAGAAUCAAUUGGAGCUCUCUUACAUCUAAAGGAUCUCUGGUUGGAUGGAAAUCAGCUGUCAGAAUUACCUCAGGAAAUAGGAAAUCUGAAGAACCUGCUGUGCUUAGAUGUCUCUGAAAACAGGUUGGAAAGACUUCCUGAAGAAAUCAGUGGCCUGACUUCAUUAACGGAUUUAGUCAUUUCCCAGAACUUACUAGAAAUGAUUCCGGAUGGCAUCGGAAAACUAAAGAAACUGUCGAUCUUGAAGGUGGAUCAGAACAGACUCACACAGUUGCCUGAAGCAGUUGGGGACUGUGAAAGCCUCACUGAAUUAGUUCUUACAGAAAACCGGCUCCUGACCUUACCUAAGAGCAUUGGAAAACUUAAGAAGUUGAGCAACUUGAAUGCAGACAGAAAUAAAUUAAUGUCUUUACCAAAAGAGAUUGGAGGGUGCUGCAGCCUCACUGUGUUCUGUGUGCGUGACAAUAGACUAACUCGGAUACCUGCGGAGGUGUCUCAGGCCACAGAGCUUCAUGUCCUGGAUGUGGCAGGGAACAGGCUGUUACAUCUGCCUUUAUCCCUGACCGCCCUGAAGCUGAAGGCUUUGUGGUUGUCUGACAACCAAUCCCAGCCCCUGCUCACAUUCCAGACGGACACAGAUCACACCACAGGAGAGAAGAUUUUGACCUGUGUCUUGCUUCCUCAGCUGCCUUCUGAACCUACUUGCCAAGAGAACCUGCCUCGCUGUGGGGCACUGGAGAGCUUGGUGAAUGAUGUCCCAGAUGAGGCCUGGAAUGAGCGUGCGGUCAACAGAGUCAGUGCAAUCCGAUUUCUGGAAGAUGAAAGAGACGAAGAAGACAAUGAAACGAGAACACUUCUGCGGCGAGCCACUCCACACCCAGGGGAGCUAAAGAACAUGAAAAAGACAGUGGAGAAUUUACGGAAUGACAUGAAUGCUGCUAAAGGACUGGAUUCAAACAAAAACGAGGUCAAUCACGCCAUUGACCGAGUGACCACUUCUGUAUAGAAUUUCACCUCCGAAUUUUACCUCCCGUGUCUUCCCCUGCUGUUGAGAUCCUAUCUCCUUCCUACCGAGGAGCCUCGCGCAGUCCUGGAGCUUCCCCGGAACGUGGGCACGUGCGCGUCACUGCCCUGGAACGUGGG